GAGAGCUCUGGUAAUGGCCCGGAUCUGGUGGAACCAGCUCCAAAGAAGGAGAAGAAGUCCAAGAACAAGAAGUCCCAGGCUAAGAAGGAGGAGGCUCCUGUCGCCAAGAAAGAGCCCGAGGCGAAGCCGCAGGCAAAGCCGGAAGAAACAGCGCCAGCUCCAGCCGCUCCAUCGCCUCCCGCCGAAACUCCAGCAACCCCAACACCAGCUCCAGCGAAUGAUGUGGCCAGUGCCGAAGUGCCUCCGGUUGAGCGACCUUCCGCUGCGGAGAAGGAUGCUCCCGUCAAGGUUGAGCAGGCAACUUCGAAGAAGAGCAAGAACGGAAAGGCCAAGAAGGCGGAGACAAGACCGGCGGAGAACAACUCCCGCACCGCCAGCAAGGAAGCACCAGUGAAGCCCUCCGCGCGCAAAGCUGACCCGGAUGUCGAGGCCGCGCUUCAGCGCCUGGCGCGGCAGCCCCUGGCCAAGCCCUCUCUUCGUGGCCCAGCGCUCCUUCGAGAGGCUCAAGAGCUGCUUUCGCGCCUGGAAGCAGAGGACCUCUUGAAGCAGCUCGAGACCGAGGAGGAGCAUGCGCGUCGUGCCGCAGGUAAAAAGAAGGCCAAGAAGAACAAGGCAGCCGCAAGGGCCAAAGCCGGCGCGAAGAAGGGCCAAAAGGGCGAAGCACCCGUGGAGGUGCUGAAGGCCACACUUCCUGGCACAGAGGCCGAUGCUGAGGACGAGAAUGUGGAGAUCGAAGAAGAGGUCGCCUCCGAGCCUUCUGAGAUCAAGCUGGAGGAGGCUGACAAGAAGGAGUCUGAGGAGGAAUCGACGGAGAUGCACAGCUCCGACGGCCACGACACCCACAGCUCUUCCGCAGCUUCGGACGAGGAACGCUGUGGCAAGAAGGCUCAGGCAAUCAGCAUCGCAGAGGAGCGCGGCAAGAAGCAGAAGAAGAUGGACCGAUUGCAGCGUGCCGAGGCCGUGCGCGAGGCCAAAGUGGAGGCCACCACCGAGGAAUCGUCAGCACCCGCUGAUUCCUUCAACGGUGCCCUCGCCGGCGCGCAAAUUUUAGAUUUCUUGAGGAGUGGCAAGCCAGACAAGGAGUCGCGGGCCGAGCCCAGCCGCAAUAACAAGAGCAAGAGUCGCCAGCAGAAGGAGCCAGAAGCUCCUGUGCAAAGCAAGGUCCAGGCCAAGGCGAAGGCCACGCCAAAGCCUGCCGAGAAGGUGCAGCCAAAGAUGCCGACAAAAGCGGACACCAAAGCCAAGGAAGAGAAGGAGACUGGCUCUUCCGAGGACUCCACGGAGCUGCACAGCUCCGACGGCCAAGACUCCCGCAGCUCCUUCUCCGCCUCGGACGAGGAGAGUGGCAAGAGGGUCGAGGCCCCGACAUCUCGGGCGAUGCAUCUAGGGUCAACGGUAAACGAUGUCGGUGUGUGA